AAAGUGAGAGGAAACUAAUUUAGAUUCAGUACCCGUUCUUUCUCGCCCGCAAGUUCUUCGCACGGAAGGAAAGAAAUCCUCGCUGAUUCCUCGCUGCAAAUCUUCACGCUGAAAGGAAACGAAUUGCCAUUCCCUAAUUCCUCGCUGCGUUGGAUUACGGAAGGAAAGAAAUCCCGGGGUUUUAUUAAACAAAUCUGCUCUCAUCUUCAAUCUGUAAUCUCAGCCGAUGUUCAUUACUCGCCAAAGACGGGUAAGCCGCUUCAAUAUCUCUUUUUUAUUACUACGUUCAGAUUAAUUGUCAGAGGGUUGUUGUCCGUCUUUGGUGAUCUCUCUUGAAUUGUUUGCUGGAAAUUAUGGAUGGACCUAGCGUUUUGAGUGUAGUCACGGUGGCAACAAUUGGAUUUCGCAGGGAUGGAGAUGGUGACAGCCCGGCAUGGAUUAAAAUCUUGGCGCGGCUCCUUGAGAGAAUGAUAAAGUUGGAGAGCAAACUUAAGGUUCUAUAUAUUUCUCUCUCAUUUUUAUUCGUAAAUUUAUCUAGCACUACAAAAUGAAUUGAGUGAAUGUUGGUUUCAAUUGGGUAAUAGAUUCCAAUCUGUUGCUAUGUUGAACUCUUGAUUGAUAUAAGGAGUAUGAUGUUUGUUUACAAUGUUUUAUUAGAGCAAAUGACAAUUGAAAUCUAUUUGAGGCUCCUUAUUUAGAAACGAGAUUAUGAGUUUUAUGACCUACUUAGUAUUCAUGAGAAUGUUUUUGGCUUCAAAUGGAAAGGAUUUUCCGAUAUUUUUAGCACGGAUAUUUACAAGACACGAAAGUGAAUCGAGGAUGUCAAAGAGAAGGUUACUAAUUACAAUAAGAUUGCAUAUAGGCAGAGUUACACUACAAUUAAGGUUUUGGAAUAAUCAUUUUCAGAGCUGUUAAAGACAGGAUGUCAAGCAUUCUUAACUUGAUUUUUAUUUUUUUUCCUCUGGGGAUAGUGGGAUACACCCUUUGCGAAGUCAAACCAGGUGAGGGCUGCUUUCCUAGCCAUGAAAGCAAUGUGAAAUUCAGAUAAUUAGCUUAUUAUGUGUCUUUCUUUCUAGAAGUUUUUAUUAUAUUUACAAGGUUUGUGUUUGGUGUUUGUUUGUACUUUCAUUCACUGACGUAUGACUACACCCUUUUAUUAAUAGAGAUGAGCAUAAUGGGUCUAAAAAUUAAUGCAGUUUCCCAGUGGGGAAUGUGCUCAGCAAUUUUCCUCUAUUAAGGGGUAGUGGAAGACCUAAGGAGAAGCAGACUGAGAUGAUACAUCUCACUAAGGACAUGACUGAAGAUAUGAACUAUUGUAGACCAACUAUUAGAGUUAUAGGGUAGACUUUGUUUGAACUGCUUAGCUAGGCAUUUAGGUCUUCCCAAGGUUGUGUUGGUGUCCCUGAUGUGGCCUUCAGGGAAAUUAACCUAGAACAGGUUUAAGUCCAUGUUUACUUCACAAAAACAUACAGGUUUAAGAAAAUAAAAUAAUCAUUUUGAACUCAUUUGCACUGUCUGUUUAAAUCCUCUGCCGUUGCAAUUUAUGUUUUUUUGAGCACCUUUAAUAGGCUGGACUCAAUUAUACUAUAACCCCUUUGAGAUCAAUAAAUCAGGAGGCUAUAGGCUGGAGCUUAUUUAAGUGCAACUUGGACACAAUUUAGUUACAAACUUAAUGAUCAACUUCAGAGCUUGCUUAUUUACGUUUAAGUACAUUCAUGGAAAUUAAAUGUUCAUUUUGAUCUCAUAUAUACUGUUUGUUUAAUUCCUCUGUCGUUUAGGUGUGCAUCAGUUUAUCUUUUUUGACUACUGCACUUUAUGUUUGUUGAGCAAAAAUGUUCAAAAAAAUUUGUAAACGAAAUUUGCUGCAGUUUAUGAACGAGAGCAAUGUUAUAUUCAGCACUGUCUAUGUGUUUGUUGAGCACUGUCAAUAUGAAUAUUUUAUAUUUGUCUACAUUUCUGCAGUCUAUAUACGGCAACAGUGUUAUAUUUGCUGCAGUGCUCAAUAUAACAUUGCUGCAGGUGGUACACGGCAGUUUCUGUUUAGCUCCUCGGCACAACAGUUUAUGUUUGUUGAGCAAAAAUAACAUUGUGAAAUAUAAUAGUACUUCUUGCUUUUGGUGUACUUAUUCAUACUUAAUUGAAUUGUUCACACAGAAUGUGCCGGGUGGAGACUUACAACUGGAUCUCUUUAACAGACUCUUGAUAGAUUAAUCAUAUCUUUUUAAAGUUGAGGUCAGGCGUGCACACUUCGAUGAGUUUGAUCCUUCCUAUAAUGUUAUUGACAUUUGUUUUGAUGAGAAAACCAUCUCGCAAUUCAAGUAAACGAAAUUGACAUUUUUCUUGGUCCAGGUUUGAUUACAUACGUAAUGUAAUAUACAUUUGGCUUUAGUGAAACUUUUGUUACGAAUAAUAAACACGUUGGCUUUAAGAUGCUAAUAAAAUGCUGUUUUGUCAAACCAUUGGUUAUAGACUGAUGUGACUUUGGGACUUUCAACUGGGGGAAAAUCAUCACAGCAUACCUUAGCAUACCUUCUUUGUGGGCGAUGCAUCAUCAUGUGUAAAGAAUUUGAUUGAAGAUUUUGUGGAAUCAAAGGACAAUCAGUUUGAACACGGUCUGGAGAUCAUCACCGACUACACUGUACAAAAAAAUGAAAAGGUUGAACAUUGUGAUAGAGACGAUGAUGAAUCGAGCAAGAAAAUGAAGACCAUUAAAAUAGAGAAAAGUUAAGAAUAGAACUCCAUAGAGUGAGCUUGAGAGAAUUUAUAUUCUUUAGGUUUGGACAUGUGUUAGACAGUUUAUAAUUUAUGAUUGUCGGAUCCUUUGUUGUUUAAUUUUAAAAAUAUUGGAUUUUUUAUGCAUUUAGUUUUUUAAAGAAGAUUUCAUGUUUGAAUAAUUUAUACUAAAUGCAAUAUUCUUAU